AUGUUGUCGACGGUGCUGGAAGUGAUGCGCGCAACACACGAGGAGGUGGAACGGUUGGAGCAGCUGAUAGUGAAGGAGCUCCAGAAUGAACUGAACACCAACAAAGAGUGGUUGUAUCAGAGUCAUCGUGUGCGGAACAUGAUCGACACCAUUUCCUUCACCACUGAAAAGCUUAUUGAGAUAUAUGAAGAUAACAACAAUGCGAGAAAGGAUGAGAUUGCUGCUCUAGGAGGCCAAACCGCCACCGGAAUUAACGUUUUCAGUGCUUUUUAUGAUAGACUCAAGGAGAUUCGAGAGUAUCACAGGAAGCAUCCAAUUGCACGCGUUGUUGACGCUAGUGAUGAUUUUGAAGCAAUUCUCAAAGAGGAACCUCAAAUUGCAUAGUUAUUUGAAAUAUGUUACAGUAUCUAGCCAUUUUAUGACUGUGGUGCUUAUUCAUUGCUUUGAUAAUUUUCUUGCAGAAAUUUUUUCUUUAGGGAAGGUUCAUAUUUGGACUAGAUGUGAGAUCACUGGCACUGACAAUUUUUCUUAUUGUUUCUCCUGUCGUAGUUUUCUGUGUCUUUGUUGCCAGAAAACUAAUAGAUGAUUUUUCUGACCA